GUCAGAGCUGCUGCAGGAGGCCACGUGCACGUACUCAAGUGGUUGUCCGCUAACCACGCCAGCAGUUGCGAAUGGGGAACCAACGUCAUGGACGCAGCGGCGCGGCACGGUCAUCUUCAGGCACUUCAGUGGCUUCACAACAACCGAGACGAAGGCUGCACUGCAGACGCGAUGGACUGGGCAAUCUGUCGAGGCGACAUUGCCAUGGCUAAGUGGCUCCAAGCGAAUCGGACUGAAGGUUGCUCCGAUUUCGCAAUGAACUACGCCGCAAUUCGGGGCCAUUUGGAGGCGUUGCAAUGGUUGAGCGGAAACAGAAGCGAGGGGCGGCCGGGGUUGGCCCUGCAAGCUGCGGUACAGCAUGGGCAUCUAUCUGUUGUGCAGUGGCUGUACGCACGCUGCAGUGGCAGGUAUCGACGACUUGCACUGGAAGAUGCCAAGAAGUUUGGUCACUCGGAGGUGGUCGCGUGGCUGCAGCAAGAACAAAGCAAAAACCGCGGUUUGGCCGAGUUGGUAGUCGACGGGAUCAAAUGG